AUGUCUUCCAUCGAAGACCUGAACCCUGAGCAGGCCGAAAAGUAUCAGCAGUUUGUACUUAUCACCAACUGGGAAAAAGAUCCGCUUUUGCCCUUGUUGUACCUCCGUUCUACUAAUUGGGAUCUGGAAUCUGCAAUCUCUAUGCACUUUGAUGGUCGCGAGCCAGUAAUUAACGAUAAUCCAGCACCUCCAAGCACUGCUACUACACCAGCAACAGCUGCAGCUGUCCCCCCACGACGCCUGGAUCGACGACAGCCCACCACCUCUUCACUUCUUGAAGAACUGACAACUCUUGCACAAGCAAAUAACGCAGAUACUGAAAUUAGACCUGUUACUGUGCCACCUGCAAACCCAUACCGCAUUGAAGAAGGCAGCUUUCUUUCGCUUUUGCAAAGCAUUUUGUUCUAUCCCUUUACUCUCAGUUAUAAGGUGGUCAACAGCAUAUUCUACUUUUUGUCAACCUUGUUCCCGUUCUUGCCGCGACUCACAGGAUACUAUCCUGCAAACCGGACUGCUACACACUCAGUACAAAAGGUGUACGAUCCAAAGGACACAGCUGUGCGCGUGAUUCGCGCAUUUGAGGAGACUUAUGGGCAGACAGGACUCAAGUUUUUUGAGGGAGGAUUUGCACAGGCUUUUGAAGCAGCAAAGCAGGAUCUUAAAUUUUUGAUUGUGGUUUUGCAGAGUGACGAGCAUGAUCUUACAGCACCUUUUAAUCGACAAGUCUUGACCGAUCCAAGGGUGGUAGAGUUUUUGAAUCGCAAUGAUACAAUUGUAUGGUUGGGCAAUGUGGAAAACUCUGAAGGGUUCCAAAUUGCCGAGUCACUCAAGUGUACAACAUUCCCUUAUGUGCUGCUGGUGGCGCCGGCGCCUAAAGCCCCCAACUCAUCCGUUGUGAUUAUGAAGUCGCUUGUUUCGAUCCAGGGUGAGGAGAAUGACCCUAUGCAUUUUGUGUCGACACUAGAAGAAAAAAUUGAAAGCCACGUGCCCAUCCGUGCAACACUUGUGCACGACAAGGAAGAACGCGAGAUGGACAGACGGCUGCGUGAGCAACAGAAUGAGGCUUACGAGCGCAGUCUUGCAGCCGACCGUGAGCGUGCACGAAUCGCGAAAGAAGAAAAAAUGCGGGCUGAGUUGGAAGCGCGCGAACAAAAGGCGCGUGAGGAAGAAGCCGCACAUCAGGAAGCCGAGCGACAACGCAAAGAACGCGAAUGGAAACUGUGGCGGCUUGCGCAAUUGGGGCCAGAACAUGUGCCGUCAUCUGCUGAGAGUUCUGAGCGGGCUGCGCGCAUCAGUGUGCGAACAUAUGAGGGUGAUCGGUUGAUUCGCAAGUUUUCUGGGAUGGAUACUGUGGAGUCUGUGUACGCAUUUGUGGAGUGUCACAAAGUGUUGGAGGAACUUGGGCCUGAGGCUGUUGCUGAUUUAUAUGCCCAUCCGGAAUCGUACCCCAAGCCAGACGGUUACCAACACGAAUAUAAGUUUCAGCUGGCGUCCACAAUGCCGCGCCGGGUGAUUGAUGUGAGUGAGGCUGCUAUUAAGAGUGAUUCAGCUUUGUGGCCAAGUGGAAGUCUAGUGGUUGAAAUUGAUCUUGAUUCUGAGGAAGAAGAGUAA